CGGUCCGGCCGGCUCGCUCCGGCUCGCUCCGGUCCGGGGCCGCCCCCCGCCCCGCCCCGUCCCGCUCCCGCUGGCCGGGGUGUCGGAGGUGCUGCGCUGACAACCCCGCAACCUGCGAACAUGGCGCUGCGAGCAGCGCUGAGCUUGCGGGCCGCGGCCUGCAGCCUGCGCGCCUCCUUGACGCCCAUCGCGCCCUACCGGCCGCGGCCCUGGGGCAUGCAAGCGGGCGCCGUCCGAACGCUGCGCACAGGCUUUGCUCAACUCUCCGUGCGUAAAUUCACAGACAAACAUGAAUGGAUAACAACAGAAAAUGGUAUUGGAACAGUGGGAAUCAGCAAUUUUGCACAGGAAGCUUUGGGAGAUGUUGUUUACUGUAGUCUUCCUGAAGUUGGGACAAAAUUGAACAAACAAGAUGAGUUUGGUGCUUUGGAAAGUGUGAAAGCUGCUAGUGAACUCUAUUCCCCUCUGUCAGGAGAAGUAACUGAAAUUAAUGAAGCUCUUGCAGAAAAUCCGGGACUUGUGAACAAAUCUUGUUAUGAAGAUGGUUGGCUGAUUAAGAUGACACUAAGUAACCCUUCAGAACUAGAUGAACUAAUGACUGAAGAAGCAUAUGAGAAAUACAUAAGAUCUAUUGAGGAGUGAAAAUGGAAUCCCCUAAAUAAACUAGUAUAAAACAACCUAAUCUAACAUAGUUGUCUUAAAUUAGUGGAUAGAUAAUUUAAAACAGCAACUAGCAAUCUAGUGGAAAAAUAAACUACUUGCAACAAUGCUACUGGAAGAAUAUCCCUUAACAUUGUAAAUAACUGUAGAUAAGCACAAUAUGCAUCUUUUUCACAACAUUAUUUUUAGAGUAGGCUCCAAUUAUAACCAAAACUCUUGAAAUUACCUGGUAGAAACUAGUUAUAAAAUUAUGUACUUUAAGGACAGCAUUUUCAUCUUAAGCCUUAUAUAAUAAUGUAACUUGCUUAUGUCUAUUACUGGAUUUGGGUCAAGUACUUAAUAAUCUUUUCAUUGGAAUAAAUGACAGUGGGGAAAGGGGCUUUUUUUCUCCACUGUCUUACAGCAUCAGAUUAAACAUACUAUUGUAAUUUUGCAAUAUACUGCAUUUACUGGUGCUAUUUUUAUACAGUGAAGCAACAGCCUUGAAGGAAAAUCAGAAACAGUUUAAUAAAACAUUCAACUUAAUUAUGAUUUUUGUUUCACUGUUAAUAUUUCAUUUAGUGACUGCUAGUAUCUGAAGAUACUAUUUUUCAAUUACAGAAAGUUAUUUGAAGGAAACUUACGACUUUCUUAAGGUUCUAAGAAAGUCUAUGAAAAAUCUAUGUGUAUGUAAUGGAUAUAUGUAUGUCAUAGAAACAAACACAUAAAAAUACAUACUUAACACAGAGCAAGAGCAGACUCUUAUUUUCCUACUUAGUACAGGUAGAAGGAAGUAUUAAGGGGCCAUCAGCUAGUGAUGAAGGAAAAUUAGAGAACCAAGAUGAAGUAGGUAGGAUGUAACACACAGAUCUUAACUGUUCCUUAGCAGACAGAAACCAGUUGUCACAUCACUACUCACUAUAUCUUUACAACCUUAUCAAGAAAGUAAUUAAGAUGUAUCUAAUAUGGAAAUAGAAGGGGGUGGGUAGUAAUUUCAUACAUGUACCUUUUUGUUCUGAACUUAUUUUUAUAUACUACCUUCUUUGAUCUUUGUAACAGUCAAAAUUUGCCUGUGCUAGGUUAGACAUAACUACUACUGUUUUACAGAAAAGGGUUAUGGGGAAGAUUAGGGAUUGUUAGAGAGGGAGUCAUGCUAGAUUUUUCAUAUUACUGGCCCACUCUUGAUCAGUUUGCCAUUGUCACUACUAAAACAUUUAAAUAGGAAUCUGAGAGGGAAAAAUAGGUGAAUGUUUCUAAAGGUGAAAAGUAAAAAGUUCAUUAACUAGUGUUUAACGGGCAGCUUUUCAUUCUUCCCUCCUUUCUUAACACAAGACACACACUCUUACUCUGUACCAAAGAACAGAACAUUAUGGGAACUUGCUCCUUCACUAUUGGGAAUAUAGUGCCAAAUCCACCCUCGUUUCUAUUAUAGUGCUGCCAAAACUAACAGGCAUUGAAUACCCUCCAAAUAGACAAAAUGAGCAGAAUUUAAUUUCUGACCUCAUUCCCUUUGGUUUAGAUCUUAACAGCAGCUUAAUUAAGAGAGCAGCUUAAUAAAGAUUUUGAGUUACGCUUUUUAAUCAUUAAAACUCAAAAACAUGGAACAGGUUAUUGAAAAAUAUUCUGUUAAGAUCACCUUCUCAAGGUAGUUUAAAGAGGUAAACAAUGUUUUAAUAAACCUCUAGAGGGCUAUACAUUGGCAUAUUAGUACAAAAAUGAGGUUGAUAUUUUAUCCACUCAGCAAAUCAGAAUUUGUGAAUUUCCAGUUCUUAGGCUGCUAAAAUUUCAGUACCACCCACCUUCAGUUUUAAAAACAACUAACUGCCCACAUUACUGCUCAACAAUCACUAUUCACACCUAAUCCUGCCUCCGCCUUCCUCAGAUUAUAUAUUUAUACCAAAAUGUAUAUAUACCAAGAUUUCUCAUCCCUAAAACAUGGCUUUACUACUGACCAUAUAUCCCUAUAAGUCUUUUUCUUUCUUUCUUUUAAAUAGAAUGUUUUAAAGAGCAGAUUUGGGUGCAAAAUUGAACAGAAAAGCGUUUCCAGAUGAUUUCUGUAUCCAUCAUUCUGUUUUGAGACCUCUUCCAACUCUAAGAUCUUAGUGAGAGCUUCAUAUCUUGAUUUAAUUUCUACAUUGGCUUCUUAUAAACAUAAGUCAAUGAAACUUGUUCAGUAUAAGUGGCCCAUUAUAACUGUUAUCAGACAAGGUUAGUGGGAAAGAAAUUUACCAGAGCUUCCAACUUCCAUAUGUACUUAGAGAAUGUGCUUUCAGUCAAGUUUGUCAUUUAGUAAAUUUUAGUCAAGACUUCAGAAAUCCUUCUAGAAAUAGACAGCAACUUUAAUGACUGGGUAACAGCCCUGCUAGUCGAAAGGUUUCAAAAUUUAUGUUUUAAAGAGAACUGAAGGGGAGCUGCCUUUUUUUUUCUUGUCUGGUCACUCUAAUUUCUGGUAUGGAAGAGACUUAAAAAAUAUUGAGAGGGCCCUCCCUGGUGGGACAAGGGGUUAAAGCUCAGCACUACAACUGUACAUAGCCACUGUCCACAACCACUGUCUGCAGCUACUGCAGCACCAGUUGGAUCCCCUGCCAGGGAGCUGACCUCUCCUGUCUUACCUUGCCUGU